AUGUCUCACAUUAAAAACAGCAAUAAUAAUAAUAAUAAUAUAGAAAAUAAUGAUAAUUUAUUUUUUUUAAUUUGGAGAAACAUAUAUUUAUUAAAAGAAAUACAAAGACAUCUCAGGUUAUAUAAUAGUAAUCGGAUAAUUAAUAUUAACCAAUCAAUGGAUCAACUUAGAUAUCACCCACAUAGAAGAUAUGCAAGUAAAAUUAUUAUUGGGGUAAAUGAACCAUUAGAACCACAUGGUCAAUUAGGACCAUAUGGUAAACUUAUUCCUUAUGGAACAACUGAAUUAGAAUUUACUAGUUCCUUCAAGAUACCAAUUAUAGUAAAAGGUGAUAUCCCCCCAACCGUCACAUGUUUGAUAUUAUCCCCUUCUUAUAGACAACAGAUAGAUAUUAAAUCAGCUAUACCGUCAAGUGUCACUAAAUUAGAAUACUGUAACUAUAAUCAAGAACUAAAACCAAAAAUGUUACCACCAUCACUCACCAGUUUAAAUAUAUCUUAUACGAAACAAGAACUCAGUAUUGGUACUCUUCCACAAUCGUUGACCUAUUUAAAUCUAUAUGGGUUUAAUGAAAGGAUUAUUCCUGGUUUAUUUGGUUCGGUUACAGAGUUAAACCUUGGAAGCUUUAAUCAAUCUUUAAAUGCUGGUGAUAUACCUAUUACAUGUAUAAAUCUUAAACUUGGUUCAUAUACCCAUCCACUUUUAUCAAAUGUUCUUCCACCCCAUUUGGAAAAAUUAGAAUUAGCAUUAUAUAAUAAUCCAAUAUCACAUGGCAUACUUCCCGAAUCAAUAACAGAACUUUGUAUGAAACACUAUAAUCAACCAAUUUCAAACUCUUUGUCUUCUCUGUACUCGUUAAAAACACUAAAAAUGUUUAAUUUCGAUCAAGAGAUAUCUAUUGGAGAACUGCCGUGCUCUAUAAAACAAUUGGAGCUAGCUCAAUUUAACCAAGAAUUAAAACCAAAUGUACUUCCGCCAUCAAUAACCAAGCUAAUUUUAUUCAGUUAUUCUCAUCCAUUAGAACCACAAGCAAUACCUCCAUAUGUGCAAUAUUUAGAACUUCUGUCAUUCACUAAAAAAUAUACAUUCCCAGAUUCAAUAAGGCAUUUAUCAAUACCAAACUUUUAUAAUUUAGAUAAAGAUUUUCUAUCAUCAAUUACACAACUUGGUUAUGAACGAAACUGCAGUUUAAAUUCAUAUGGAAAGGUUUUAGAGCUUCCACCAUCCAGUUUCAUUCCUUAUCUGGCUGGAAAACCCAAAGCAUUAGUAAAAUUAAUUUUUCCUUCUCACUUUAAUCAUCCUCUUCAAAUCGGUAUUAUACCUAAUUCAGUAUUAGAUUUAACUUUUUCUUCAUACUAUGAUCAUCCUCUUCAAGUGGGUGUAUUACCAGAAUCCCUCACUAAAUUAACCUUUGGUGAUCGUUUUAAUCAACAAAUAGACCCAAAUACUAUUCCACAAUCUGUAACUCAAAUAGAAUUAUCUAGAUUAUAUAAACAUCCAAUUCCAGACUCUUUAUCUAACAGGUUAAAAUAUAGUUUUUAUUAA